AGCCAACACGCUACCCUCUUUCAGAGGACCUUGUGAUCAACGUGAGCCCCCGGUCCAGGCUCAGAGCGGACCCACAGGUUCUUCUGGUACAGCGGAAGGUAUGACACCCUGUUGUUGAGCUACCACGGCAUGCCGAUAGAUAUCGCUGACUCUAAUCGCCUUGCUGUAGGGCGGAUGGCUGAAGGGGGAAACAUUCCGGGGUUUACUCCUCUGGUGCGGAAUGGCCACUCCAGGCCUUUGAGUAGUGAUAUGCGCGGCGGCCUCCCCAGUCCCCUCACAAUGGGCAGUUCGAUGGGAACUGGAAUAACAUCGAGCCCAUCGGAGCUGGACUCGACUCCAUGCUACGGGGAGGUUGCGGGAGAUUCGGGACCACGCUCGGAGGCGGCAGAACUUGAGUCACUCCCCGCCACGCAGGACGAAAAGAUAGCCGAGCCACGGGCUACUCUGAAAUCGACACAGGAAGAGCGGCAAUCCGGCACGUACGCGAACAGCUGGACUAGGUUUCACAAUCUGCAACUAUGAGAUGUGUUUGGAGUGGCGGUGUAUUCCUCGUCAAGGGGCUAGUCAUCGCGGAGGAAACUGGCUCGGUAUGAUACAAUACCCCCGAAGAUUUCGGGAGACAUGCCGGGAAGACUUCUUAAUAGGCCAUGCGUAUUUGACAGCAACUGAGCUGUUCAGGGGUAUAG